AUGCUUUGGCUGUUUGAUGAGACCAUUACAAGUGCACUUCAGACGGCAGAGUCGGCUAUCCGUGUGGCACAGGGAGAGGAUUACGGCUCAUGGUGUGGCGGGUUAAUGCCCCCAUAUGGCUCCAUGAGAAGGCCUGGACAGGAUCCUGGAUAUGCAGCCUUCCUCUUUGAGCAGCUCCAGGCAUCUGGGAGCCAUGAAGCCAGUGUCAGCUGUUGCCAGGUGUGCUCCACGCCCCUCUACCAACUGAGGCAGGAGGCCCUGCAGAUGCUUCAUGCCCCAGUCAUCUCCUUCAGCUCCGACAUGCCUGCCCUACCAUCCACAACCUUGUUAGGGCAGCCCUCGCGAUUCACAAUCUCAUCCUCGAGUACCCAUGUAAAACAGCCCUCCAAAACCCAUCACCUUGCCCACACAGCCCUUCCCAUUGGGGAGCGGCGCAAAGGGCUGGGCUGGCCACAAGGCUCCUCUGUCUCUUCAGGGCCAAAGACCAGUGUCCAGGUUACUGUUGGAGGAGGGCAGCUAACUGGAGCCCUGAGCUCAGUCACCAUCCAGGCCCAGCAGUAUCUUGAGGGCAUGUGGAGCAUCUCCAGAGUCAAUAACUUCCUCCCUCAGCCUAACCUGGCCCAGGGGCUGAUGGGGGUUUCAGAUAGGGAUGUCACUGCUUCAGUGGCUCCUCUCUCCACCACCACCUCCAUUACCAUGACCGCCAGCACCACCACCGCCAGCACCGGCCUCACACCUUGCCCACAGAAGAGCUCCAACCAGACGGUGCACUGUGUGGUCGGACCGCCAGCUGCAAACACCGGUAUACCCACCUCCUCCUCCUCCUCUACCUCCUCGUCAACACAGAGUACAUCUGCUGCAGCCUCCUUCUUCAUUAGGGCAGCUCAGAAGCUGAACCUGUCCUCCAAGCGAAAGAAGAACCAGCCUCCGUUGCUCCACCCCCAGGAGCCCUCCAUCUACCCCACCAACUUCAGCGGCAUCCUGCAGCUCUCGCCUCCCCCUGCCCCGCCAUGUUUGCUCCGUGCCGUGUCCAAGGUCAAGGAGAACCCCGGGAUGGGAAAGGUGAAAGUGAUGAUGCGUAUCUGCCCAUCGCUGGAGGCUGCAGACUCUUCAGAGUCUCAGUCCUUCCUGAAAGUAGACAGCAGGAAGAAGCAGGUGACUCUCUACGACCCUGCAUCCAGUCCCCACUCCAACUCAGGACACAGGAGAGCUGCCACUGUCGCUGUCCCAAAGAUAUUUGCCUUUGACGCUGUGUUUACCCAGGAUGCCUCACAAGCUGAGGUGUGCUCAGGGACAGUGGCGGAGGUCAUCCAGUCUGUGGUGAAUGGUGCAGACGGCUGCGUCUUCUGCUUCGGCCACGUCAAGCUCGGCAAGACAUAUACCAUGAUUGGCAAAGACGGCUCCACUCAGAGCUUAGGCAUUGUGCCCUGUGCCAUUUCCUGGCUCUUCAAACUCAUCAAUGAGCGCAAGGAGAAAACCGGUACACGCUUCUCUGUCCGUGUGUCGGCGGUGGAAAUCUUUGGGAAGGAUGAGGAGCUGAAAGACUUGCUGUCUGAGGUGUCCUCUGGUAGCCUGCAGGAGGGUCAGUCCCCAGGCAUCUACCUGAGAGAGGAUCCAAUCUGCGGCACUCAGCUCCAGAAUCAGAGCGAGCUGCGUGCCCCCACGGCUGAGAAAGCGGCCUUCUUCCUGGAUGCAGCCAUCGCUGCACGCAGCACCAGCAGGCUCGAUGCAGCUGAGGAAGAGCGACGCAACUCCCACAUGCUGUUCACCCUGCACAUCUACCAGUACCGCAUGGAGAAGAGCGGAAAGGGAGGAAUGUCGGGCGGACGGAGCAGGCUGCACCUUAUCGACCUAGGGAGCUGCGAAAAGGUCCUGAGCAAAAGCAGAGAUGAAGGAGGGGGCCUGUGUCUGUCCCUAAAUGCGCUGGGAAAUGUCAUCAUGGCUUUGGCUAACGGAGCCAAACAUGUACCUUAUCGGGACAGCAAACUGACAAUGCUGUUGAGGGAGUCGCUGGGGAACAUAAACUGCAGAACCACCAUGAUUGCCCAUAUCUCUGAUUCUCCUGCCAACUACGCCGACUCCCUCACCACCAUCCAACUGGCCUCCCGUAUUCACCGCAUGAGAAAGAAAAAAUCAAAGUAUGCAUCCAGUUCUUCUGGAGGAGAGAGUUCCUGUGAGGAAGGGAGGAUCCGCCGACCACCCCACCUCAGACCCUUCCAUCCUCGAACGGUAGCCCUGGAUCCAGACCUGCCCUCCCUACUCAGUGACCCAGACUAUUCCUCCAGCAGCGAACAAUCCUGUGACACUGUCAUUUAUGUGGGCCCUGGGGGAGCCGCAAUCUCAGACAGGGAGCUUAGCGACAAUGAAGGCCCCCCUGCCUUUGUUCCAAUCAUCCCCUCACUGAACAAGAAGAAGUCUGCAAAAGAGGGCUCUCUGGACAGAGACCAGUUCUUUAAAUGCAACACAUUUGCUGAGCUCCAGGAGAGACUGGAGUGUAUAGAUGGCAGUGAAGAACCCACUGCUUUUGUUGGAGAAGGCAGGGGAAGUCAAUCGAGCCCCAAGACAGAAAAGUCAAAGGAAGGUCAAGGCUCUGGUUCCCCCAAAACUGUGGCAAAAGGUUCCUCCCAGGACAGCAUCUCACCCAAACCCUCUCCUAAGUCUGUUACUACUCAGCCAACCAGCAGCCCCCACACCAAAUCUAUAGUGGACAAUGCCAAGAGGCAAUGCACACCUACAGAAAAGGGGCUAUCGGAGCGUGUUCAGAAUGUGUGCAGAACUAGUGCUGAUGGUGAAAAAGUCUUGGUGUCAGAGAACUGGGCUGGCCUAAACAAACAGGUGUCUGCAACAGUACCUAAUUCUGAGCCUGUGGUCAGGGAGAAAGUCUUCUUCAACAAAAAGCCCUUGCCUAAGCCAGCACCACCUCCACCACAACAAAGAGACUCCCGUAAGGGAAAUGGACUCAAUGAGGAAAGGUCAAACACCAGGAUGCCUCCUGUUGGAAUGAGUCAUCAAGCUGUGAAAAGAGGGGAUCCUCUCACCUCCCCUGUGUUCAAAGUUCCAGUGGAGGUGUGCCAGGUACGUUCCACCCUGAGGGAGAGGUGUAUGGACCGAGACAUCCUUAGAGCUACCGUGACCCUGCAGCAGCCAGUUGAGCUGAAUGGUGAGGAUGAGCUGGUUUUCACUGUGGUGGAAGAGCUGUCUAUCGGCAGCAUUGUAGAUAAAGGAAGGCCUUCCAGCAUUAUCAGCUUUAACAGUGACUGCUCCCUUCAAGCCCUAGCCUCUGGUUCCCGGCCUGUCAGCAUCAUCAGCAGCAUCAAUGAUGAAUUUGAUGCCUACACGUCAGCUGUAGGAGGAUCAGAAGUAAAUGUUGAGCUUGUCACACCCCUUCAGGAGGAAGGGAUAGUCUGUAUGGGUAGCAGAGGCUCCUCUAUCAGCUCCUGGCUUAGUGAGGUUAGUGUCUGCACCUUGGGGAGUGAAGAGGCUCAUUCUACAGACGUCUUCCUCCCACAGACCAAACACAUGGGCCCAGAUGGCACCCUUUAUCUAGAUUCCCUGGGCAUGUUCCAUUGUGAACCAUCCCAUAGAGAUACCAAGAACUCUUUAAAUGACAGUGGCUUUGGUUUCUCUGAACUCGACAGUGACAGUGCCACUUCAAGUAAACUAUCCUUGACUAAGUGCCCCCCAUCUCCAGAAUCAGCCAAAGGAUCCCUUAGAUUCACAUCCAAAAUAAGCAAAACUCACACUCUGAGCUCCUCUCAACUCUCACAGGGCCCCUCCAUAGUCCAGUCCAGUCUUCCCAGGAAAAUUAAACCUACCUCAUCAAUCUCCCAUAGUAGUAGCAGCAGCAGCAGCAGUAGUAGUAGAGAGCCACCAAGACAAGAGAUCAUGCAGGGGGAUCCUUGGCAGCGCAUGGACAACCAUUCAGAACCUCAGAUCUCUGACCCCAACAGCACCAGCAAGCUCCUCAAAAACCCCACUAGUGGCAUUCCCUGUCGUAAAACGUCUAUCAACAGCAACAGUGUACCUCGCCCACCCAAGGUGCAGGGGUCUACCUCAUCCCAAAGGGUUGUUGAUGGCUGUGAGAAGUCAGCUAGCAAGAAAACCGACACCCCAAGCAAAAUGCCUCAGCUGAGACGAGGUGCCACAACCCUGGGAACAGUGCCUGUCAUCCAUGCCUCCUCAGACUCCAAGGAAACUCAGGCUAUCACUGCAUCUACCAGUAGUCUGAAGUUUUCAUCUCUGGGGAAAACCAGUAAGGGUAAUUGGCAAAAAGCAAACAUUCUCCCACGGCCUGGUGGCACCUCCCCCCCUCCCCCUCCGGUGCGAAAGUCUAGUCUUGACCAGAAGAACAGGACCCUCUUGCCCCAAAGUGCCUUAAAGUCAGCCUAUGGGGAGGCAACGAGGGUGUCAGGAGCAAGGGCAGUUGUGUCAGAGGAUGAGUUAGAGGUACGCUAUAGAGGUGAUGCUAGUGACUUGAAAAAUUCCAGUUUCAAGUCUGACUUAAAUGCAGCCAAAGUUACCUCAGGCCUGAAGGCCAGAGGGCCCAGAGGUGAGACUGGGCAGCAUUAUGGUAGUCAGAUGUCUCUGGAGAGAUGUGACAGUUUGUCCCUGUUAGGAUCAAGACCUGUUCUUAGUAGGGAGAAUAGCGGAGCUAGUCUGGGGAGCAGCAGUAGCAAGUCUAGCAGGUCUAUUCCCAGAUUUGGUAUUCCUAACUCAUCCAGUUCUCCUAUUGCUACCUCCCCACCAUCCCCAUGUGGAAGCUCUGGAGCUAUUGGUAAACCUGGGCAAGCCAAAACUAGUGUAAAUGCUAGAGCACUAGGAGCCACAAAUGGAAAUAAGGCCCGCACACUGUCAGCCAGCAACUCAAAGGGCCUCAGCUCCUCUACCAAGUCUUUAUCAGCCCCAGUGACCAGAAACACAAAUGCCAACCUUCCCCCAUCUGGAAGGACAUCAGCUCCUCGGACCACUACAGCUGUCAGCAGCAAGCCGGGGAGGGGCACUAUCAUGGGUACCAAGCAGGCCAUGAGGGCUGCCAAUAGCCGGGUGAGCGAGCUGGCAUCAGGAAGCUCAUCAGGUAAACACAUGAGAAAUUCAGGAGAUUCAGACAGCGGUAAUGACAGUGGGGUGAAUGUUAGUUAUGACAAGUCCCCCACAGCCAUGCUGCCUUCUCCGUACAGUAAGAUCACGGCACCCAGGCGGCCUCAGCGUUAUAGCAGUGGCCAUGGCAGUGACAACAGCAGUGUGUUGAGUGGGGAACUGCCUCCAGCCAUGGGCCGCACAGCUCUUUUCUACCACAGCGGUGGCAGCAGCGGCUAUGAGAGCAUGAUCCGUGACAGUGAAGCCACAGGCAGUGCUUCCUCUGCCCACGACUCCAUGAGCGAGAGUGGCAUGUCAUCAACGGGUAGAACCAGAAGCUCCAAGUCUCCCAAGAAGAGAUCAAAUGGUUUUCAGAGAAGACGACUUAUCCCGGCACCUCUUCCAGACACCUCUUCCCUGGGGAAGAAGGUGGGUACAACAGGCCAGUGGGUGGACCUGCCUCCAAUGUCUGGACCACUGAAGGAGCCCUUUGAGAUUAAGGUGUAUGAGAUUGAUGAUGUGGAACGGCUCCAGAGGCGGCGACAGGAGGAGACCGCAGAGCAACCAUUCCAGGAUGUUGAUAAGGGCCUGCUGUAUUUCAACAAUAAGCUGAAGGUGCUUGAAAGAAGACAGCAGCAGGUGAGAGAGCUGAGGGCAAAGCAUGAGGCGUUGUGGAGAGAGCUGGAGGAGACCAAGACCAGGCUGAUGAUGGACCCCAGCAAGUGGAUAGGAGAGUUUGAGGUAGACCCAGAUUUGGACAAAGAAUCCCCAGAAUACCUGGAGGCUUUGGAGCAGGUCACGGAGGAGCUGGAGUUCUGCGUCAACCUAUGCAAGUCGCGUGUCAUGAUGGUGACCUGUUUUGACAUCAGCACACCAGCAUCUGGCACUCAAGAGGGACUGUGUGAAGUUGAAGUCUGAGCAAAGGGGGAAGUAAAAGAGAUAAAGAAUCCAGGAAGUGAGAGAAAAAGUAUGAUGGAAAGUAGUAGCCAGUCAAGAGAACCUACUGGAAUGAAGGGACUAGAAAAAAACGACAACAUCAAACGAGCAAGAGACAAAUGAUGAGAGCAAAGUUGAUCUCUGCAUCAGAACAAAGGAAAAUUUAACCACUUAGCUGCAGUGCCUCGUUGUCUGGGACAUUUUUGUUGUGGGAGAGAAACGUGUGCAGAAAUGCUGUUGUGUGCAGAAAUGCUCUUGCCUGCAUGGUGAAAACAGUGGCCAUCAUUUAACCAAGAGUCAUUGAACAACACCUGGAAGUGCCUUUUUUACUUGUUUUGUUUUGAGUCAUUAUUUUUUGUAUUGUUUGCAGGUAUCUUGACUAGCAUACCUAAGCAAACCCUGAACAUAUUCCUUUUAAUAAAAGUAUUUUAUAUUGCGUUGUAUAGUGUA